AUGGCCAAAAAUAAGUCACCGACGAAAAAUUCUAGGGCCGCCCGCUGGGCGUCGUCCCCCACCAACAUGGACAAGUCUCUGAAGGAUGUGUCGCUGCCGCAGAACACGUCGGGGCCCCAGCGCCCAUCCGUGUUGGCCGCUCACCACUCUGCGGGCGUACAGAAGAAGGUGAAGCGCAAGAGCCAGAUGACGUCUAAGGCGCGCAAGCGCCAGGAGCGCAGCAUGCAGAUGGCCGAGGCCGUCCUCGAGCGCACAAGCAAAAAGGUGGAGCGCAGCAUCGACCGUGGGCGCAACGUCCAGCGCCGCAGCAAGGGAUGGGACGAGAUCAAUAAGGAGGCUGAGGCGCACGGGGUCAAACUCGUCGACGUUGAGGAUGCCGAGACGCAGGCCGACAAGGACUGGGAGACGGACGAAGAGCCGACUCCUGCUGCUGCCACCGUCCCGAUUAUCGAUGCCCGAGAGUCUGUCGACGAUGACGGAUAUAUUGCUGUGGACGACGACGAUAUUAUCUAG